AUGUCCGCUUCCUGCCUCGACCUGCAGACGUCUGCCGCGGGUUCAGCACCACUGGAGCUGGACAGCGACUGCAUGGAGCCCCGGCCCGGCGCCGCUCAGGACUCCGGCGGCUUCCAGGGUCACCCGCUGCGGCACGCCGGCUCCGGAGGCCUCGGUAUGGCCUUGGAGGAGGAACUGGCCAUGCUCACCGGGGAGCGGGACGACGAGGAGGAGCUGCCGGACCUAGAGAUGCCUGUCGUGGGGCACAACGCAGACCUACUGUCGCUCUUCCACCAGAAGGAGAAAGACUUGGUUUUAGCUGCUAAACUCGGCAAAGCACUGCUGGAGAGAAACCAAGACUUGAGCAAGCAAUAUGAGAAAAUGCACAAAGAUCUCAACGAGAAAUUAGAGCACUUGGAGCAGGAGAAGCACGAGUUACGUCGGCGUCUGGAGAGAAGAGAGGGGGAGUGGGAGGGUCGCGAGGCCGAGCUGGAGACGGACGUCCAGCAGCUGCAGUGCGAGCUAGAGCUGCACCAGGUCCAGCUGAGGGAGGCUGACAGGGACAAGACCAAGGCCAUCAGUGAGCUCUCUGAACAGAACCACCGACUGCUGGAGCAACUCAGUAGGGCUGCAGAGGUGGAGAAGCAGCUGUCCACUCAGGUCCAUUCAUUACGUGGCGACUUCAGGGAGAAGAGCAUGUCUACGAGACAACACAUGACAGGACUGGAGACUCUACAGGCUGAGCAAGGGCUAGAAAUUAAGAUGCUGUCCGAGAGGAAGAUGGAGCUGGAGCGCAGGGUGCACAUCAUGCUGGAGGAGAAUGAGCUGCUGCAGAGCACAGUGGACGACUUCAGAGAGAGGACGCUGGUGUUGGAGAAGCAGUGUCAGGAGAAGGAUCUACAGUUGAGGCAGAGCCAGCUGGAGCUCCAGGAGGUUCAAGUGUCCCACAGGCAGCUGACCUCUCGGCUGGAGGAGCUGUCAGAGGAGCACAGCCUCCACGGCCUCACCCCACACCCGUCCAGUCUGCUGUGUGAGAUAGAACAGAGCAUGGAGCAGGAGGAGCAGGAGCAGGAGAGGGAGCAGUUGCGUCUCCAGCUGUGGGAGGCCUACUGCGAGGUCCGCUCACUCUGCUCCCAUCUCCGGGGAAACGACAUCACCGACUCUGCGCUGUCCACCGAUUCUUCCAUGGACGAUUCCUCGGAGACGUCCUCUGCCAAGGAUGUGCCUACUGGCAGCCUCCACACCGGCCUUCUGGAGCUGCGGAGGCUGACACAGAACCUGCUGGAUGGCAACGAGUCCACGGGCUCGCGGCGCAGUGAUGAGGAGGCUCUGGAGGAGCAGGUGAGGAAGAUGGGAGAAGAGCUGAGGGAGGUCAGAGAGCUGCACGAGGCGGAGCAGGACAAAACACGCAGCGGCCAAGGGGAGCUGCUGCAGCUGCACAAUCAGAUGGCGCUUCUCUCUGUGGAGAUGUGCUCUCUCAGGGAGGACAACCAGCGGAUGAGGGUGAUGGCUGAACUACGAGAACCCAGCGAGCAGCUCCAGAGUGCGAUCAGAGACCGAGACGACGCCAUAGCCAAAAAGAAAGCGGUGGAGAUGGAGCUGGCCAAAUGUAAAAUAGACAUCAUGUCUCUGAAUAGCCAACUCCUGGAUGCCAUCCAGCAGAAGCUCAACCUGUCGCAGCAGCUGGAGGCCUGGCAGGAUGAUAUGCACACAGUGAUUGACCAGCAGCUGAUGGACAAGCACCAGGACGAGUGGCGCUCGGCCCCCUCCUCCCUGUCGCGGGCCCACAGCAGUCAGUCCUCCAGACGAGCCCACCGCAUCUCAGACCAGGACAAGAGACUUUUCUCUUUUUUCAAAAAGAAGUGA